GCCGAUUGGUCGAUUUCCUAAUUACUACAGCCGUGUAAAAACAAUAAAGAUGUGUCUAGCCUGCAGUCACUUGAUAGUAGAAGAAGCAGCAGCACCAGUAGUAGUAAUAGUAGUGUGGUGUAGCACUAUGGUGUAGCACUGUGAUUUAGCACUUUGGUUUAGCACUUUGGUUUAGCACUAUGGCACACAAAGGGAAGGCUACACCGUGGCGUAGUUGGAGCUUCACUUCAGCGUUUCUGCUAGUCUGUUUAGCACCCCUGACGAAGUCGUACAAUUUGAGAAAAGCACUUGGCAGAAAUAGAGAAAAUGGUCAUGAAGGAAAGAUUCUGUUUGGUAACUUCUUUGAGAAGGGGCGAACUGGUCUGCCAACAAGUAUACAUGCCAACUGGAAUGUUACCUCCUCUGCAGAAGAUGCCGUCGGUUAUCAAAAAGACUCGUCCGGGUGGUUCCAAGAUGAUCCCAGUGUACAAUGGAAGCACUUGGAGCUGUCAGUUCAAUGUGGUGCUUACCAGAUGAAGCUCGUAGCAAGGGAGCCAGAAGCGUCACAGUUGCAACUGGUCCAAAAAAACGCCAAGUCGCUUCCCUUGACUCAGCUCCCUGAAACCUGUGGCUACUCAAUCAGUCGAAACAAUGUAAUGCUUGUAAUGGUGGCUUCAUAUGACGGCUGUACAAUGAUGCAAGAGGACGGACGCUACAUCCUACCAAUGCUUUGGCAAAGAAGGCAUAUAAUGCUCUCAUGCCCCAUAAAAGAAAUGCAUCCAGCACCACCUAUGUCUCCAAGUCGACAAAUGUCCCCUAAACCAGCUGCCUUGUCCUAUACAUACAACCAGUGGGCUAUGAGGCCUCCCUUCAAACACUAUCCAUAUGGACAACAAGUAGUGCAUCAAGAGCCAGCCGAGACUGACCUCCCUACUACACAAGAACCCACGACGACAUCGCCAACACCACCCAAAAAGCUGCCAGCAAAAAUGUCCCCUAAACCAGCUGCCUUGCCCUAUCCAUACAACCAGUGGGCUAUGAUGCCUCCCUUCAACUAUUAUCCAUAUGGACAACAAGUGCAUCAAGAGCCAUCCAUGACUGAUCUCCCUACUACACAAGAACCCACGACGACAUCGCCAACACCACCCAAGGAGCAGCCAGCAAAAAGCCCACCUGCUUCUAAACCUGCUGGCUAUCCCCAUCCAGAGUACCAGUGGCAUAUGAUGCCUCCCUUCCAACACUAUCCAUAUGGACAACAUGUAGUGCAUCAAGAGCCAGCCGAGACGGACCUCCCUACUACACAAGAGCCCACGACAACACCGCCAACACCACCCAACACCACCCAAGAGCCCACGACUACACCGCCAACGCCACCCAAGGAGCAGCCAGCAAAAAGCCCACCUGCAAAUAUUCCACCUGCUUCUAAACCAGCUGGCUAUCCCCAUCCACAGUACCAGUGGGCUAUGAUGCCUCUCUUCCAACACUAUCCAUAUGGACAACAUGUGGUGCAUCAAGAGCCAGCCGAGACUGAGCUCUCUACUACACAAGAGCCCACGACGACACCGCCAACACCACCCAAAGAGCUGCCAGCAAAAAUGUCCCCUAAACCAGCUGCCUUGCCCUAUCCAUACAACCAGUGGGCUAUGAUGCCUCCCUUCAACUAUUAUCCAUAUGGACAACAAGUGCAUCAAGAGCCAUCCAUGACUGACCUCCCUACUACACAAGAACCCACGACGACAUCGCCAACACCACCCAAGAAGCAGCCAGCAAAAAGCCCACCUGCUUCUAAACCAGCUGGCUAUCCCCAUCCACAGUACCAGUGGCAUAUGAUGCCUCCCUUCCAACACUAUCCAAAUGGACAACAUGUAGUGCUUCAAGAGCCAGCCGAGACUGAGCUCUCUACUACACAAGAGCCCACGACGACACCGCCAACACCACCCAAGGAGCAGCCAGCAAAAAGCCCACCUGCUUCUAAACCAGCUGGCUAUCCACAGUACCAGUGGGCUAUGAUGCCUCCCUUCCAACACUAUCCAUAUGGACAACAUGUAGUGCAUCAAGAGCCAGCCGAGACUGAGCUCUCUACUACACAUGAGCCCACGACGACACCGCCAACACCACCCAACACCACCCAAGAGCCCACGACUACACCGCCAACGCCACCCAAGGAGCAGCCAGCAAAGGGCCCACCUGCAAAUAUUCCACCUGCUUCUAAACCAGCUGGCUAUCCCCAUCCACAGUACCAGUGGGCUAUGAUGCCUCCCUUCCAACACUAUCCAUAUGGACAACAUGUAGUGCAUCAAGAGCCAGCCGAGACUGAGCUCACUACUACACAAGAGCCCACGACGACACCGCCAACACCACCCAAGGAGCAGCCAGCAAAAAGCCCACCUGCUUCUAAACCAGCUGGCUAUCCCCAUCCACAGUACCAGUGGGCUAUGAUGCCUCCCUUCCAACACUAUCCAUAUGGACAACAUGUAGUGCAUCAAGAGCCAGCCGAGACUGAGCUCUCUACUACACAAGAGCCCACGACGACACCGCCAACACCACCCAAUGAGCUGCCAGCAAAAAUGUCCCCUAAACCAGCUGGCUAUCCCUAUCCACAGGACCAGUGGGCUAUGAUGCCGCCCUUCCACAAUUAUCCAUAUGGACAAUAAGUAGUGCAUCAAGAGCCAUCCAAGACUGGUCACUCUACUACAAUGGAGCCCUUGACACCGGAGCCACCCCCUUCGUCCCCCCCACUAAUUUUUGUACAUUAUCCCUAACAAUUCUACAGCCCUCAAUUCCACUAUCCACCAGUCUUCGACCGCCAACCUUGACUGGCCACCAUGGAACCAGAGUAACUUCUCCGUAGCCCUUCCCAUAUGUCCACUUGCACUACCUGCUACUUGAUGCACCUCUAUCCAGGCUAAAGCUUUCAAGUAUUUUGUCAAUAAAGCUUUGUAAAUUCAUUGUGGUCAGUCUU